CGUAACAAUCCGCGACGCGUGUGUUUGGGAAAAGCAUGCAGAUGAAACCGUGACUCAAGAGUUGACAUUUUAAUAAGUUACUCACUUUAAAAGAAGCGAAUAAAGGAAAAACCUGCGUGUUUUUUGGAAGCACAUCAUUAUGGAAGCCGAGAUGAGUUCGUCAAUGCCGCAGAAGCGUUACUACAGACAACGAGCACAUUCAAACCCGAUGGCACAUCAUUCGUUUGACUAUCCUGUGUGUCCAGAGGAGAUGGACUGGAGCACGCUCUAUCCACAAUUCUUUAGUGAGGAGCAAUCUGGAGAAGGAACACCACAAGUUGAGUUUGCAGAUAUUGGGUGUGGAUACGGUGGACUUUUAGUGGAGUUAGCUCCACUCUUUCCAGACAAACUCAUGCUGGGUCUGGAGAUCCGGGUGAAAGUGUCCGAUUAUGUCCAGGAUCGUAUCAAGUCAUUACGUGAGAGCAAUCCAGGAAGCUACCAGAACAUUGCCUGCCUUCGCAGCAACGCCAUGAAGUAUCUUCCCAACUUCUUCAGGAAGGGACAGCUAAGUAAGAUGUUCUUCCUUUUCCCGGAUCCUCAUUUUAAGAAGACCAAACACAAAUGGAGGAUCAUCAGCCCUACGUUAUUGGCAGAGUAUGCCUACACACUUAGAAUCGGGGGUUUGGUUUAUACCAUCACGGACGUGGAGGAGGUCCACCUUUGGAUGGUGAAGCACUUUAGCGAACAUCCGUUAUUCUUGCGCGUCCCUGAUGAAGAGCUGGUUGAUGAUGUCAUCAUUUCUCGAUUAGGUGUGUGCACAGAGGAAGGAAAAAAAGUGCAGCGGAACGAAGGGAAAAACUUUCGCGCGAUCUUCCGGCGGAUUGAAGAUCCAGUAUUGGUGGACAUGGAAUGAAACACAAAAUAAAGUAACUUUUGCUCUUCUUGGUGACAUUUAGAGGAUUAAACAGAGCGGCUGGUCUUCUCCGGUUGUUGCCACGUUACACCAUCAUGGGGGGGUGCAGUUUUUUUAAUUUUUUUAAUGAUUUUCUCUUUCUAGAUGCUCUUUUGUUUCUUGUAAAUCACAUUCAGUGCAUUGUAUCAUACUUGUCAUACAGUGGUAAUAAUAAAGAGCAGGUACAUUUUAAAAGCAAUAUUUUACAUACUUGAUUGGCUAGCUCCUGUAAAAUAAAUGUCAUUUGUUUUUUUGGACAGUGACAACUAUCCAGAAAUCCUAUCAUUCUGUAUAUACAGGUGCCACUUUGCAUAUUUACCAACAGUUUGUUCAUUGACCCAAGAUUACAGAUUGAAUCUCAGACUGUGACAGGUCCCACUUGUCAGUUUGAGUGCCAAGAGAAAUACGUGACACAAUUGUCAGCUUUCUAAACUCAUCAGUAAAUUCUUUGCACUUUGAUCGUGUGUUUUUUUUUUUUUUUUCUCCUGUCAGGAGUUUGGAAGUAUUUGCUGCUGCAGGGGAUGUGAUUUGAAGCAGGACAGCACUUGCCUCAGUCAAUAAAAGGUGAUGAUGGAUCGAAAAA